CGAUGAUAAUUUUCAUGUUUACAAAUAUUUCAUGUUUACAAAUACCCAGCACUCUCAUUGUCCUGGGCAGAACCCUGCCAAAAACUUUACGGCUGAUAUUUCUAGUUCUUUUUCAGGCUGUCGUGACUCCUUUGGGAUUUCUUUUCUGGACCAUAUUCCGUGAAUCACCGUUUGGUUUUCAUCCCGCCAUUCACAUCACAACAUGGUUCAGUAUCGCAGCUCUUGUACCUAUGGUACCCUCGAUAUUCUUGUACAAUACUGGGUGAGCACAGCGAGCUCUCUCUAUAUAUCUGGAGUACAAAUUUGAGUCAUUCGUCUUGAAUCAUUCGAAAUAAAUGUGAUUAUUUCUCAUUUUCCCAAACUCCCAAAAAUAUUUUCUAUUUCUUAAAUAUCACAGCAAAUUAUAACUUAUAAUUUUAUUUUGUGUUUUAGGCCGGAGGAAACCGACAAAAAGACAGUCGAUCCGGAACGCAGCCCUUUACUUCAACAUAAGCAGAACGGCAUUAAUGAAUACACUUAAAAUGUGUACAAUGAAGCCAAAAUUUUUAAUCUAAUUUAAAGAACUACGAAAACAUAAAGUCUUGAAAAUGUAAAGUUGUGAAAUGUAGUCAGCCAUUUUACAUCAUUUUUUAUGACUGCAUAUUAAAAAGUAUUCAAAACGACUAUCAACUAAAACACUUUGCCAUGCACACUAUCUUAAAUAGCUUGUUUCUUUCUUGAGAUAUUUAACAACGUUUGAUAUACAGCCAAUUCAAAAAAGCUUGUCCGUUGAAAAAA